UAAUACAGAGCGACAGAAAGAGGGGGGGGGAGGGGGACAUUUGGGUCAGACAAAGGGACGCGGUGAACGUCGUUUAUGUGUACCCUCUAAAAUUGCACCCCCCCAAAAAGAAAUUCAAAUAAAAACAGAAACAAAAAUAAAAAGUAAAACGAGAGAAAUAACAGAAGAACAGCACCUUAACGACAGCACCCACCUAAAAAAAAAUCAGACAAUCGCUGACUUCCAACUAAUAUCCCCUACGCUUUCUUAAGGUUAACGGAAUCGAACUUUUUCCAUUUCGUCAUUCAUUCUUGUGUCUAGGUUAUUUUGUCAGAAUAAUUACUCCAUAACUUUCUGAUUGCACGAGAGAUUCGUCUUCCUUUGUGGGUUUGGGUCUCUACCCCUGGAGAGAUCUUCUGUUUUUGCCGGAAAAAAACGAAGGAACAAAAAGGGGAAGGAUGGAACAAUUUAGGCAGAUAGGGGAGGCAAUAGGGAGCAUGAGGGCAAUGAUGGUGUUCAAAGACACCAUCUCCAUCAACCGGCGGCAGUGCUGUCUGUUGCUCGACAUCUUCACGGCCGCUUACCUCUCCAUCUCCCAAGAGAUGAACGACAACCUCCGUUUCCAAGAGAAGCAUACCCCCAAAUGGAAGGUUCUAGAACAACCCCUACGGGACCUACUCUCUGUCGUACGCGAAGCCGACCUGUUCAUCCGCACUUGUUUGGAACCUAACGACUGGUGGGCAAAGGCCCUUUCCCUCUCCCAGAACAGGGACUGCGUCGAGCUUCACAUCCACAACCUCCUCUCCUGUCUCCCCAGCGUCAUUGAAGCCAUCGAGAUGGCCGGUGAGAUCUCCGGUUGGAGCGAGGAUGAGAUGAGCAAGAAGAGAUUGGUUCACUCCAACAAGUAUAUGAUCCAAUGGAAAGACCCUCAGAUGUUUAAGUGGAAGUUCGGUAAACAGUACCUGGUUUCUUCCGAUUUCUGCUGCCGGUUCGAGAGCGCUUGGUCUGAGGAUCGUUGGAUUCUCAUUAACAAGCUCCAGGAGAAGAAGAAGAAGAAGAACUCGGGGUCCGGUAAAAACCACGACACAAGGCUCGCUGACUUUCUCCUGAAGAACCUCGAGAACGGACACGAGAAUUUGAACUCCCCCAGGCUCCUGCCGUACUCUCUCCUUAAAACAAAGGAUUACCAAGUGAAACGGAGAUUAGGGAAUGGGGGCCAGGGCCAGGGCCAGUACAAGGAGAUCACCUGGUUAGGGGAGAACUUUGCGUUGAGGCAGUUCUACGGGGACAUGGAGGCUUUGCUUCCAGAAGUUUCUCAACUGUUGUCCCUUUCCCACCCACACAUUGAGAACAGCCUCUGUGGAUUCACUGAUGAAGAGAGCAAAGAGUGUUUUUUGAUCAUGGAAUUGAUGAGCAGAACCCUUUGUACCCACGUCAAAGAGGUAUACGGCCUGAGAAAGAAGAAUACUGUUUCUCUCCCAGCAGCGGUUGAUCUGAUGCUUCAGAUAGCACGCGGCAUGGAAUAUCUUCACUCGAAGAGAAUAUACCACGGGGAGUUGAAUCCCUCAAACAUUCUUGUCAAACCAAAAGGAAAUAAUACCCAUCCGGGAGAUGCCCAUUAUCUGCACGCGAGGAUUUCAGGGUUUGGUCUGAACUCUGUCAAGGGUUUCUCUCACAAAGCGGCUCCUUCGGGUCAGAACGAGAGCUUUCCAUUCAUAUGGUAUGCCCCGGAGGUGUUAGAAGAGCAAGAGCAGAGCGGAACUGCAGGAACUCUCAAGUAUACUGAUAAAUCGGACGUGUACAGCUUCGGGAUGAUUUGCUUUGAACUUCUGACCGGUAAAGUACCAUUUGAGGACAGCCAUCUGCAAGGAGAGAAGAUGAGCAGAAACAUUAGAGCCGGAGAGAGACCUCUGUUUCCCUUCCAUUCGCCCAAAUACGUCACAAAUCUGACAAAAAGAUGCUGGCAUACCGACCCAAACCAGCGUCCGAGCUUCUCAUCAAUCUGCAGAAUUCUAAGGUACAUCAAACGGUUUCUGGCAUUGAAUCCAGAAGGUCACAGCAGCCAGCAAGACACACCCUUUGCCCCUGGUGUGGAUUACCACGAGAUCGAAACAAAACUGUCACAGAAACUUUCUUGGGAAUCCACAGACAUACCUGCAGUUUCGCAGAUUCCAUUCCAGAUGUUUGCCUAUAGGGUCGUGGAGCGGGAAAAGACAAGCAGCACGAGCGAUCCCAGGGACAAUUCUGAAUCAGGUAGCGAUAGGACUUCCCUUAGCGGCGAUGAAAAUGGUGCUGCACCGGAUGAUCAGGUACCAUCCAUUAUUGAACGGAGGCUCUCGAGCUCAAACGAAGUUGGUAUUAGCAAGAAGCGUCCUUCACCCCUUCUGAAGAGAACUGGCCUGAAACCAAUUCAAGAACUAGGUAAGAUUAUAAAAAACAACAAAAUGAAACCAAAAUCUUGCCUUUGUUACUUAUCCUUGUCUCAGCAUUUUCUGCUCGUUUUACAUUUCUGGCAGUGAGUCCCAGAGGACGAUUGAGGCCUCCCC